CUUGUCUUGUCUUGUGUUGACUUUUAUUCAAUUUCAAUUAUUUCAAACUGAAUCAGAAUUCUUUUAAAGUUUUGAGAGAGUAGUUUUACGCAAAGUGCUUCAUUCACAAAGUUUUCGACUUCCUAAUAUUAGUGUGAUACUGUCGUGGUAAGGGCAAGAUGGCUCAACAGGUGCCUCCUAAGGAACGUUAUAUCCCGAAUGGUCUCAAGUUUGCCUUCGGUGGACUUGCCGGAAUGGCGGCCACAUGCGUCGUGCAGCCAUUGGAUUUAAUAAAAACCCGUAUGCAGCUGAGUGGAAGCGGUCGCACAUCGUUUGCAGUGGCAGGAGAGAUAGUGGCCAGGGAAGGGUUCUUCUCUCUGUACACAGGGCUCUCUGCGGGGCUGCUCAGACAAGCUACUUACACAACCACACGGCUUGGGAUCUAUAAUCUCCUGUUUGAUUCAUAUAGAGAACGCAACGAUGGCGCGGCGCCCGGUUUCGCCGUGAAGAUGUUCUUGGGAGUCACCGCCGGGUCUGUUGGUGCAUUCGUCGGGACGCCUGCUGAGGUAGCUUUAAUAAGAAUGACAGCUGACGGAAGACUGCCUAAAGAACAGCGUAGAAACUACAAAAAUGUCAUGGACGCACUAAUAAGGAUAGUACGCGAGGAGGGAGUACUGAAACUGUGGCGUGGGGCGACGCCCACUGUUGGGCGAGCGAUGGUUGUCAACGCGGCGCAACUUAGCACAUACUCACAGGCUAGAGAGAUGUUCGUGGGAUACGUGCCCGAUGGUAUUUCCCUCCACUUCUGUGCAUCCAUGGUGUCCGGUCUCGUCACCACCAUUGCCUCGAUGCCGGUUGACAUCAUCAAGACGAGGAUCCAGAACGCGGCUAAAGGCCAGUCGCAGUUGGCCGUUGUGAGCAGUUUGCUCAAGAACGAAGGAGUGUUCUCUCUGUGGAAGGGCUUCCUGCCUUACUACGCACGCCUCGGCCCUCACACCGUGCUCACGUUCAUCUUCCUCGAGCAGAUGAACUCCGCCUUCUUCAAGUACACGUAGACCAAGAUGGAUGCAAUGCUUCAAAGUUCAAACUCUUGUUAUAUUCAAGACAGACUUAAACAUACAUAUAAUGACAAGUAUCCGUUAUAGACCUUAAUAUAAUAAAAAAAGGCUUAUGGCGUUAUGAGCUUUGGCAUGUCGCAAUUAUAUCCAAAUUAAGUUAAAGAUAAGUUAUCAACAAGUUAGUUAUAUGUAACUUAGCUAUGCAAGCGAUUAGUAUACCAUAACCAAAAUCAUGGAAAGCUUAUAUAUCCACUUACUUUAUUCGGCUGA